CGAGCGAGGUUGGCACGUGCGCUCCCGCGCGCGGAUCGGCCGCCAGGCUCCCCAUGGCUUCCGGCGCCCCCAAGACCCCCCGGCCCGGGACCGGCUCGGCCGCAGCGCCGGCUCGGCGGGACCUCUCCGGCGUGGCGGAGGGAGGCGGCCCGGGGAUGCACCGGAAAAUGUGCAAGAAGAUCGCCCAGCUCACCAAGGUGAUCUAUGCUUUGAACACUAAAAAUGAUGAGCAUGAGGAGAGCAUCCAGGCUCUGAAAGACACCCACCAAGAAGAGAUUCAGCGCAUCCUUGCUGAGACCAGGGAAACUGCCCUCCAGUAUGAAAGCAAAGUGGAGGAAGCUCAGAUGCUCCAGAGGCACAUCCAGGUCCUGGAAGCAGCCUUGGAGAAACACAGGAAGCAUAAAGAAGAGGCUUUGUCCGAAAUUGCCACGUGCAAAGAAGAGUAUUUAGAGGAUGAUCCACAGGCCAGACAAGGAAGCAAGAUGUUCCUUUUCAAGAAGGUCGGACGCUCAGAGCCAGAUGUUGGAAAGAAUGUUUGGGCUUGCAGUGAGGAUUCAGUAGGCUUUGCAAACCAACCCUGGGCAUUUGUGAGGGACACAUGGGAGAACCAGGGAAAGUUGAGUGGAAUUCCCAGCAUGGAUCUCCAGGAGGUAGUGGGAGAGAUGGUGAAGCUCAAAUGGGAGAAUCAGCCAUCUACAGAAGAUUAUACAAGGAAAGCAAGCCAGCUUCAAACCUCCCAGGAAAGAGAGAGGGCCCUGCAGCAGCCAUUGGCUGAUUCCUAUAAGGAAGGGCAGCAAAGGAAGAACAAUGGGACCCAAGAAGUUGCUUCAGAUCAGCAGGUGGGAGAGCUAGAAGCUCACCUGGAGGCAAGAGGCCAGGAGAUCAGUGAGCUGAAGAAGUAUUCCCAGAAGCUGAAGGAGAAGAUGCAGGACUUGAAAAUGCAGUUAAAGGAAGCCCAACAGGUGACUGCAGAGUCUCAGAGUAUUAGUAAAACAUUGGAAGAGGAGCUGGUUAUUGCAAAAGAAAAACUUCUCUUGCAAGAAAAAGAAUUAAUGCAUAAAAGAGAAGCGAUGCAGGGAGCACCAAACUCCCGCAGCAAAUCUAGGAGUCAAGUGGAUGGACUGAAGGAUCGGAACGUGCACCCUCAGCGGGCGUUGCCCAUUAGACACAGCCAAGGCAGCCAAGCUGGUGGAGCCUCUCAGGAUCCAUUUGUACAACAGAGUGAGAUUUCCAAACAGUCUAAAGAAAAAGCAAAAAUCAGAGACCAGCCAACCUCUGUCCUGAGCACCAGAAAUGGAGAAAAACAAAGGCUGGAUCCUCGAGGUACACCCAAAAAAGAAGACAAGCGGUCUUCUGCAAGUCUUCCAAAGGAGACAACCAAAACUUUGCAAGAGGAAUGGUACUACCAAAAGACAGAAUUGGAAGCUCAAGUCACACGGUUGAAGCAAAUAUUAGAACAACAAGAAAAGACUUUCAGAGAAGCUUUCAAACAACAGGAUCUUCUACACUCCAGUAAAGAGAAAGAAAAGGUGUUGCAAGACGCCAUUAAGCAAAGCCAAGAUCAUGAGGUUCAACUGGAAGCAUCUCAGCAGAAAGCUAUCAAUCUCCUGGAGAAAGAAUUCAAGGAGGUAAAGGAGACUUGGAAGAACGAGUACGAUGACAAAUUCAAGGCUCACCGGCAGUCACACAUUCGAGAAAUGCAGGCCUUGGAAGACAAGGCAAGGAAAGUGUUGCAGAGCGAACUGCAGAGGAUGCAGAAGCAGCAGUCUUUGUUGAUAGACUCUCUGAGAAAGGAGCUGUCAGAGCAACAGGUAUCUUCCAUGGUCCGCAGUAAAGUGGAAGAGGAGCUUCAAGAGGAACUGAAGAACCUGAUGGGCGUCCAGAAGCAACAGGAAGAAAGUUACCAAGCUCAGGUACAGUCCCUUAAGGAUGAGCUGGAGAAAUGUCAGAAAGAAAUCUCAAGGCUCAAGAAGGAGAAUUCCCUUUUAAAGGACGCAGUGGACCUGCUAAGUGGAGACGUGGAGCUACAGAAGCAAAGCGCCUCAGAGCUUCAAGGCAGGGAGAACCAAGAGAAAAGACUUGACGAAAUAGAAGAGAAAUCAAGAAAGCGGGCACCCAGGCUGGAAGAUCUUCAUCUUAUAAGCUGCCUGCAAGAUAAAUUAAAUGAAAAAGAAGAGAUGAUCAAGGAGUUAAUGGAUGGAAGGACAUUUCAACAUCCGCUUCUCCCUAGGAGAGAGGUGCAAAGCAAUCGAUCGUUUUCUUUCAGUACAAGUCCUGUAACAUGUUUGACUCCUAUUGCAAAGCAGAAGAAGAAAAUGGAUGAAGCUGCUCCCAGCUGCAUUGUCACUGUUCCAAAUUUAGCGUCUUAUGCAAAAAGCUUUCUGAGUGGCGAGUUGAGGCCUAAAAGAACACAACCUCAGAAUAUAAAAUCUACAAGUUUGGAUCAAAAUCUAGGCUGUGUCCGAGUCUGCUGUCCUUCUAUCCCGGCCUUGGAGAAUAAACCGCCUUCAAGCCUGCAAAGUAAUGAAACAUCAAAACCCAAAGACGCGCAGAAACCAGACUUACGGCACCAAGAGUGGUUUACAAAAUAUUUUUCUUUCUGACGGAAACCGUUUCUACAAUAAUCAACAUUGCCAUUGGUGUUAUUAAAUAUUUAUACCGUAUGGUUUGUAUGGUAUCCUGCCAAACAACAAGGAAGGAAUCUCAGGUCACAAGCAGCUAAACACAAGAGAUCCUAUAGUAAGAGUAAACAUGGCAGUCCAUUGCCGUAAAGGAAAAUUAAUGACGUUUUUAAAUGGUAUUAAUUUAUAGCUAGUCUUGGUCUUCAGCAAAUACUAGAUAAAAUGGAUUAUUAGUACAAGUAUAUUACUGUACUUGAUUAUUUCAACAGCUAUUAAUACUGUAUCAGCAAUAGCAUCAAAACCAGUGGGACAGAUUUAAGCCAUGCAACUUAAAAAGGAACUUGUGCAGAAAAAGACUGGCUAUUUCAGUAGCCUAGGAAACGUAAACACAGGUACUAAAAAGACAUCCCUCCUAAGCCAAUAACCUUGAAAGGAUCUUUCAAAGCUGGGAAUCCACCACUGCAAAGGCUCCAUUUCACCAAGUAAAGCAAGUAAAAUUUGCAAGGAAGAUUUCACUACGCGAGUACACA